GAACACAAUGCCUUCCCUCUCCAUUCAAAACUCUGAAAAGGAAAAAGAGACGGGGGAAAGAAACAGAAAGAGAGAGAAAACACUGCUGAUGUUUCAUUUGUUGACAAACGAUUUCAAAGGUUGGAAGUUAAUUCCUAAUGAAACAAAGUACUUCUGGAAAUGUUGAAUCUUGCUGCAACUUCUGUUUGACAAAAAAGUGAGGAUGGGGGAUGAGGGGGAAGACUUAAUUGUAGCUAGGCAAAAGUUCCUUGUUGUCAUUUGUGUUGCUAAGAGAUGAAUUGAACUUUUGAAAGAAGGCACUGUCAGAGAUGGACCCAAUUUGUUGAUAUGAAUAAAUCUCUUUUAAUUGAAUAUUCAGUCUUUGAAAUCGGUACUCUUAGUAUGAUUUGGGGUUUUGUGGGGCAGUUGAAGGCAUUUUAUUUCAUGAAAGUUGAAUGCCAUUAUGGUACAUUGAAGAUGUUGAUUCUGCUAGGUGGCAAUCAUAGAUGAGGCAAAAAAAAAGAAGAGUUUCAUCAUGGUUUUUCUCUUGUUCUUAACACCAACUCGCUAGAUACAAAACCAGUGACUUUGCAUUCCUUUCUAGCAUGUGAAUCUUUGCACUUUUUCAACUUGGCUACCUGAGUUUCACUAAUAUGACACUACCAUUUAGAUACCAGCAAACAUUGUCCCUCACAUAAUCUGACCUAAAAACCCUCACACGAAAGAACUUGACGUCAUUCAACUCUGACAAAACCAUCCAAAAUGCAAGCACGAGUACAAUGGGACAAUGCAUGAAUGUACACCUACUUUAUUUGAAAGCGGGGCAACCUUACGUUAAAGAUACUGUACUAUUGGGGCUUCUUUCGUCACAAACUGUGCUUUGUUGAGUCACAGUAUUAGCAAGAGAAAGAAAUCAGGGACCAUUCAAGCCUGGUCUGAGGAAUUCAUAAAAGGUGCUCGGUUUAAGUUGAAGCAGCAAAUACAACUUACACACACUUUGACUACAGCAGCAACUAUCCCUAAAGUCAUGGACAAGCGUCUACGAUGGUCAAGAUUGCUCACUUAAUUUUGCAACAGGGUGCCAGAGGUAAUAAUACCGCAAGUACUACACUGACAACUAAGUGAGCGAGUGGCCCGAUCUGUGAGUGUGGAAUAUUGGUAAGCACAGGAGAUCUCCACCUGCUAUCAUUUCAUCUCUGUUGAGCAUCGCUUCCAGGGAUCGGUGCUUUCUCGUUGGAAAUUAAUCAAAACACCACCCACUCCCCCAUCUUUGCUGAGUUUAGUCACAAAGUUCUCUUAUAUUCUCAGCACAAGACGCUCUAAUGGAUAUGUGAGGUGUCUGUGUGCCUGCUCGAAGUUUUCAGUCAAAGCAACAGCCACAACAAAUUGAGCAGCAACGGUUUGAAUGAAUUGCCUGCCUUGGAGUGACAUUAACCCACCUCACGGAUUUAACCAGAACCCUGAACCGCAACUGAGUAGAACUUCGUGUGGCUUACCCUCGCAGAAACCACGGAAUAUUAUGUCAUGAAACAAUUCAUUGACAGAGGUUGCUGAACGAACACUUCGCUGAAACGAAACAUUUGGAGUUGGCGGCGAUACUACUUGGAGUAUAUGUGUGAUAAAAAGGCCGACCCAUUUGGGUAAUGUCUGCAUCAUGCCACUCUACGUAACCCCCGGCGGACAACCACAGAGUUGACACAACUCUGCUACCACAUUCUGCAACGUGUCUGGCCUGGUCUGACUCAACUUGUGCUGGCGUUUGUACAGAACAUCGGGGAUUUUUCCUGUUUUGAUCCGUUCCCUUCCCGUCUAUCACGCAAGGGAUUGGCUUCGCGGUACUCAGCACUACCCACGGAGACGCCGCUACGCCUUGGGUAAAAAAAAAAAGUUUCGGCACCGGCCGCCCUUUGCCCUUAGACAGCGGGGUAGAAACGCUCGGACAGGGCAGGGGUGAAACUAGACUAUUGCAGCGGGUGUCAGCAGACACACUGCUGCCGCACGCACGGACCCACCGUCAAGAAUGGGAAAAUACAUAGUAUGGAUCCUGGUGGCAUGGAUGUUUAGCCUAUUGGCCGUAGUGUACAUAAAAAGGAUCUUGGUAGACCCUGGUCUUAAUUUUCGUGAAGAUGCACGCUUUUCGAGAUUAAGAAGCCAACACCAAAUAGUGAUACCAGCAUUAGUGGAUGAAAACGGCAACCACGUGUCCUACGACAUAAUUAACAGCCGGAAAAGGACUCGAAGAGACGUCCCAUCGGGCCCACAGAACGCCUCGGAUAUCCGGCAGCUUCACUACAAACUCUCCGCGUAUGGGAGCGAGUUCCACCUGAACUUGACUCUGAAUACCAACCUGGUGACCAGGAACUUUGUUGUGGAAUACCUAGACGAGCAUGGAGUCGGUUCGACGCAUCGGACCGUAGAUGAUUGUCAUUAUCACGGACAUGUCGCUGGUCAUGACAUCUCUAGUGUGGCUAUCAGCAACUGUAAGGGUUUGCAUGGACUUAUAUCAACGGCUGAAGCAGAUUAUUUUCUUGAACCCAUUCAUGAUUUAUCAAGAAAUUCCUUUGAAGGACAUCCACACAUCAUUUACAAAAGAGAGUCUGACACCAAGUAUCGAUUUCAAGAAGAUGGGGACUGUGGAGUUACAGAUUCAGAUGAAGUUAAAAAAACAUGGUGGAUGACCAACAGUGACUUUUCAUUUGCCGAGCAAGUGAUGAAGAAACACCAUCAUCAUCAAACUCGCCACCAAACUCACCACCAUCAUCACCACCAACAUCACAAGAGGACGAGGAGGAGACGAGAGGUCAGCAGCACAUCAUCAGAACUCAACGUAGAGACCCUGGUGGUAGCUGAUAAGCUGAUGAAUAGUUACCAUGAAGACUACAUUGAGUCCUACCUCCUUACACUCAUGAAUAUUGUUGCUGAUCUCUAUCAUGACGCCAGCGUGGGUAAUAACAUCAACAUUGUCAUCUCAAGGAUUAUUUUGGUCCUACAAGAUCAGAAAGACUUGACCCUGGGUCACCAUGCUGACAUGUCCUUGCAGAGUUUCUGUCAGUGGCAAAGAAAUCUCCGUCCUCCAGAAAAUAUCUCCGCAUCAGGUGAAGACAGUGGCAACAUCCACAAGCAUGACAAUGCCGUACUCAUCACUAGGUAUGACAUCUGUAUGCUGAGUAACCGGCCUUGUGGUACCAUAGGUUUGGCUCCAGUUGGUGUGAUGUGCAAUCCUGGCCAAAGUUGCAACAUCAAUGAGGACACAGGUCUGGCUACAGCAUUUACCAUUGCUCAUGAGAUUGGCCACAAUUUUGGUAUGAAGCAUGACGGUGACGGGAACGCCUGUGGGACGAGGGGAGGUAUCAUGGCUGACCAGAUCACAGAGAACACCGAUCCCUUUGUAUGGUCAGCUUGCAGUAUGGAAUACAUCCGAAAUUACAUUGAUUCAGGCAAGGCUAACUGCCUAGACAAUGCACCAGAGCUAGUCAGCUACAGCUAUCCAACAGCAAUGCCUGGACAGCUGGUAGAUGGUGACCAUCAGUGCCGGCUACAGUAUGGACCAGAAGUCAAAGCAUGUAAAACCAAUAGCAUCUGUCGGGAGCUGACGUGCCUGAAGCCAGGUUCCCGAUCCUGCUGGCGAACAAACACGCCUGCAGCUGAGGGGACAAGGUGCCAAACGCCAAGCACGCCUGUCGGGUGGUGCUAUGGGGGCGACUGUGUACCAUACGGGGAGAAACCUCAAGCAGUAGAUGGGGGUUGGGGUGCAUGGUCUGAGUGGAGCUCCUGCUCAAGAACCUGUGGAGGUGGAGUCACUGUCUCAGAGAGGCAGUGUGAUAACCCAAGACCAUCUCAUCGAGGUCUCUACUGCAUUGGAGAGAGAAGUCUGUAUAAAUCCUGUAAUAUUGAUGAAUGUCCAGUGAACUCCCGUGACUUUCGAUCCGUCCAGUGUUCUAACUUCAACAACGAGCCCUACAGUGGACGAUAUUACUUCUGGGAACCCUACACCAUUUCGGACAUGGGUCCCUGUGAGCUGACUUGCAUCACUUCAGGAGGGGAACACUUCCGAAAGGUCAACAAGAUUGUGGACGGGACAAGGUGCUUUCCAGAGAAGAUGAAGCCAGAGGUUUUGGAUAUCUGCAUCAACAAAAAGUGUCACCCUGUUGGAUGUGAUAAAAUUCUUGGAUCAGAUGUUCGUGAGGAUAAAUGCCGUAUAUGUGGUGGUGAUGGCAGUACGUGUGAGACAGUCUCCAAAAACUUCACCAAGUCUUUGUCUGCUGGGGACUACCACGAGAUUUUCACAAUACCACGAGGAUCGGUACACAUUAGAAUAGAAGAAAUGACUGCAUCCAGAAAUUACUUAGCCUUAAAGUCAGUAAAUAAUGACUACUAUCUGAAUGCGGAGUGGAUUAUUGACUGGCCAAAAGCCUAUGAUGUCAGUGGGACCACCUUCAAGUAUGAGAGACCCGACCAAGGGGUGGAAUCUCUCACUGCAUUGGGACCAAUUAAUGAAGAACUUGUAGUUAUGCUUUUAGUGCAAGAGGACCAGCAAGGUAUAUCAUAUUCUUAUAACCAACCAGUGACUCGACAGGGUAGCGGGGAUGACGAAGUGGUGUUUAUCUGGCACUGGAGCUCUUGGUCUGUCUGCUCAAGCACUUGCGCAGGAGGAGAAUCAAUCGCUGAGGUCCAGUGCAUUCGAUAUGAUGACAAGACUGUGGUAUCAGACACCUUUUGCAAUCCAGGAACAAAACCAAGCCGACGGAAGCAAUCAUGCAACACUGAACCCUGCCCACCUGUUUGGUCUGAAGGUCCAUGGUCCGAGUGUAGUCAGACUUGUGGAGGUGGUCGUAAGACACGGACGGUGCUGUGCAUGACUAAAGUAACCCAGCUUGAGGAGGAGGUAGUGGACGAAUCGCAGUGUACCAAGCGUAAACCCAUCGACCGCAUGAAUUGUAGCAUGCAGGAAUGUCCACCACAGUGGGUAGCAGAGGCUUGGUCACAGUGUGUGCCAAGUUGUGGCCAGGGCCACCAGACUAGACGGGUAACCUGUAUGACAAGUAAAGGGGAGCCCUAUCCUAACAUGUGUAACUGGGCUACUCGUCCAUCAGCCAUAAGGGAAUGCCAGACGGCUGGAUGUCCACCACCACGCUGGGUAACAGGAGAAUGGAGUGAGUGCAAUGCAAGGUGUGGUCGCGGUCAGCAGCAGCGUCAGGUUCGAUGCCUCUCCUACAACAAUGUGCCUUUAAGGUCUACCUACUGCAAGCAAUCACCCAAGCCCAAUACACAACAACAGUGUGAAAGCCCCUGCGUUUCUAAACCAACAGAGGAAGACGAGUGCCAAGAUGCCCCCUCUGUCCAAUACUGCCCUCUAGUGGUCAAGUACAAGUUCUGCAACAAUGAGUAUUUCCGUAAAAUGUGUUGUCAGAGCUGCAGCAGUCGGUAGGAAUUACAUCAUGGCUCCCUGCUCAACCCGACCCAACCUGACCUGACCCUCUCUCCAGUCACAUAGGAGAAAUAAAUUCGAUUCUUCUCGUCAUAUCGCAUAAGUACGUUUGAGGUAAGCCAUUUAUAGCAGCUAUAAGUAAUGGUUCCAAAGUUGCUCUGUGUGGUUAACACUCACGUACCUCAGAACAUUUGAGGUGUCAGCAGACAGAAAUCAUUGUCAAAAAACAGCGCUGUGUUUGAAGAAAAAAGAAGGGAUCUUUUUCUCUGUGUGGGGCAUACUGAUUAUUGGGUGUUUAUAGUGAUAUUUGUCUUUGGAAUUAGUUGGCAAAAUUGAACUAAAUGAGGGCUUGACAGGAAGUAAAAAUAAGAAAAAUCUUUGCACUGAUUCUUUCCAAAAUAUUUUCGAAAUAAGUUUGAAUAGAUUUGUUUUUUAAUCGCUGCAUAGUUUAAGAAGAGAGAAUUCAAGAAUAUGAUCAUAAUUUAAAAUGGUUAUGGCCCGACCCCCAGCAAUCCGAUAACGGUUUUGAACUUUUGCCAUGAAACAACCGCUCCGAGCGUUUUGAGAAGAUACUCAACUGAUUGGUGGAGUUUUUCACAAUGUACAGAGUAAAGAGAUAUGAGCUUUGUGGAUAUUUUUGUAUUUAUUUAUAAAGGAAAACUUGACAUUAGUGGUAAAUUAAGGUUUUAUUUUCUUCUGUAAUAAAACAGAAACAGUUGUGUGUGCACCGUCCAUACUCAAAUAUAUUUCUUACAUCAUAGCCAAAAAUUGAGAAGAAAUACUUCUUACCGUCAAAUGAACUUCUUGAGCAAAAAAACUCACUUUUUUGGUAGAGAAAGACAAAACCUGAGCAAUCAUGUUGGUGUCUCGUAUGACUAAGUAAAAAUAACUGACACAGGGAGAAUGCGUCAAACAAAAUCUCUGUGAGAAAGCAGUCUUUUAUUUCCACAUUGUUUGAAGAUGCCUGUCUAAUGUUGCUUCAUAAGAAAACUUAAUUUGCUUUUUAAUGUGUAUUAUGUGUACAGUAUAUAUAUUCAAUCAUUGCUCAGUAUUACCUAGCUUGUGUUAAAUGCAUUACACCUUUAAUGUGUUGUUUUUACUUGCAAACAGUAUUUAUAAGUGAAAACAAAAAGGUAUGAACAAGUGCUUCAUAUUUGAUGUUCCAUCCUAUUUCUAUUAUUUCUUUUUGCUUUGAAGAAAUCAUGAUUAUGCCAUAACAGGUAAUAUGAUUAAAACCAGAUGUUUUCAUUGAAAAUUUAAUUUAAAAGUUGAAAGGGGAUUGCAAAUAGUGAUGUGUGUAUAUAAUGAAAGUUGUAAAGUAAUUUGGUAGGCAAAUGUUUGCUAAAUUUGGACCUAUGAUCAGUGAAUUGGAAAAUGCAUACAUAAUACUAGUAUCGUAUUGUGGUUUUGAAAGGCACAGUCAUAGAACAUGUGCCAAAUGGUUGAAGAUGAUUUUGGGGGGGUUUGCAAAUGUCACAUUGCUGGAUAGGCAUAUUAUCGGGGGCUGCCUGCCUGUGAAAUGUUCACAUGGAAUUGGUCAGGAUGUAACCAGUUGCCUUCUAAAUAUCUGUUAAGGCAGUUAUCAGAAGAGCAAUUACGUGCUUCCACUGUUUUUAUUAAGUAAUUGUUAUGCAAAGCACAAAAUGAAAUUAAUAUUAGACUCCAGUAAGCACAAUAAACUGAGGUCCCAAUAGUGCAUUGCACCGAUGGCCAAAAUGGUGUGUAACUGAUCUCUUAAGGGAGACUUGAAAUGGUUUGUGCACCAUGUAUCCCAAGCACACUGGUAAAAUUACAGAUGACCCUUGAUAUGAUUGGUGGUGUUUAUUGUGAAUGUGGUUUACUUAGCAACAGAAUGAAGUCAGUGAAUUGUUUGCUGCCACCAAGAGUCUCAGAGUGUCACUUGUAAAGUCCAUUUCGUUUGCACAUUGAUUUCAGACUAUGCAGGCUUGGAGCAGGGAAGGGAGACUUUUUGUACAAUAAAUUUGUUUUGGCAGGCACUGAUUGCAACUUGCAAAUUUGGCUGUAAACCUGCAAAAUCAGCACCAUUAUCUUGACCUAUUAGGGUCAUGCUUAAGGCUGUCAGCUUCCACAAGCCUGACUGGCCGAACCCAUUGUCUAUAGUUUUGUAAUAAGUGUAAAGAUUGUAUAGUCUCUGUGCUUUUGUCCAUCUGCUUAAUUUUGGGUUAAGCUUUGGUGCUACAAAUCUUUAAUCAUACAGGAUUCAUUCAAAAAUGUUGACUUGCAUGUUUAAUAUAUCAAUUACUUUCAUUGCUUGGGGCAGUACUCACAAAGGCUUGGAAGACUCACUUUAAAAUGAUUUAAACUGUAUAAUUCUUUUGUAAAGACACUUAACUAAAUUGGACUAACACAAAUCAUUGGAGUACACAUGAUUUUCUUUUUAUAUCAUUAGAUUAUCAAUCAUAUUUAUUAUUGGUUUGCCUCAUUAUCACUUUUCAAACUGUAAAUAGAGGAGCUGUAGAUUUUCAGUCACUUGCCAUGAGCUGAUUCCAACUGUUAGAAAAAAAAAGAAUCCAUCAAUGUAAAGUUCUUGUGAGUUUCUAUCUGUCCGUAACAGCUUUGCAUUGCAGGGUUGGAAAACCAUCAUUGGUUCCAUACAAGAAUGCAUUUGAAUUGUACUAAAGAUGUGGAUAUCGGCCAGUCAAUCAUUCGUUGGGUCCAGUGGUACCAACCAUGCUGCCUUGUCAUAUCAUUGGUUGUUAGUUGUAACAAGAGCUAGAGUGUUAUUCAUAAAUUAUAAUUCGUAUAUAAUUCAUAUUCAAAUUCUGCCUGUAUGUUAAAAGUAAUUAUGCUUUUGUGGAAAGGGCCAUAAUAGGUGGCUGUAUAUUCAUAAAGCAUUUGUUAAAAAUUUGGUUAUUUUGGCCGUGUAUUGUAUUAAACCUAAACAACUGGUUAAGCAAGGUCUAACUCAAUUAUUUGUGAGGAAUUCAUUUUACUCUGUUUUUACUAGAAUAUAUAAAAAGAAAACCCCAUAUUUUUCUAAACUCUGCUCAGAAUGGCCAUGUUUGAUGAAAUAAGAGACUGGGUAACUUGAAAGUCCUGCUAUAGUCCUCGCUAUUGCUCAUUUUAUUCCAUCAAUGUAUUGGGUCUUGUCAGGGAAAAAUAUUUUAAAAGUAUCUGGCAACUUUUCCUUCCACAAGUGGAAUGGUAAUGACUCGCGAGUAUAAAAUUUUGAGUCGACCCAUUGAAAAAGCAA